AUGGCGCAGAGGAAGACACUGGUCUUGCUGUUUCUGGUCUCCAAUCAUUUCCUUUUCGUGCUGGAAGCGACCCAGCAUUGCCCGGACAACUGUUAUACGAAAGCGGCAAUUUCAUGCCGCUGCCCCCGACCAAACGGGAAGAGGUCUCCGUGCAGCUGGGUUGGAAACGGAGGAGUCUACAUCUUUCCUGUAUGUCUUGACGCUAUACCAACCGACUUUCCAAGAAACACCGAAUCGGUCUUAAUCGAGCACCUCACCUCUCCUACGCUCCUUGAACAAUCUUUUCAUAACCUUCCUUUAAAACUUUUUCAUCUGACUAUCCGAAUGUCAAACGUUUCUACGAUACAGGCAGGGGCUUUCCGGGCUCUACGGCACUUAAAUCACCUCCACCUUGUUGACAACCGCAUCUUCAGCAUCGAACCUGACACGUUCCUCGGGCUUGAUAAAUUAGUUGCUUUACUCCUCGACAAGAACGCGAUCUCCACAAUACCCCAACAUGCAUUCCGUGGCCUACCACGGCUUCAUGUAUUACGGUUGCCUCAGAACCGCCUGACUUCAGUUCCCGUUAGCGCACUACUAGAUCUGCGAGAUCAUCUAUACUUGAUGGCAGACCUUCAAAUGAAUCACAUUACUACUAUCGACAAAGAUGUCGCGCGUUUGUCGCAAGCUAAGCGACUGAAUCUGAGGAUAGGAUACAACAAGCUGCGAUGUGACAAGAAUCUAACGUGGUUCAUCUGCAGUAUGCAGGACCUGCCGUUUAUUUCAGGAUUUGAUUCUCUGAAGUGUGCGUCACCACCUGACCUACACGGGACUAACAUAACUACCCUGGAAAACAUAUUCUGCCACACUAACAACGGAAGCUCACCACAAGAAAUCGUUUCCAAACCAUUCAGCGAACCCUCCAUGACGACACUCUCUAGGGACGUUAUCUCAACAGGUCCUCAAAUCCUGAACACCUACCCGUACAGCGAGACCAUUCUCACUAAAGACUAUAACGUUACAGAGAUACUGCACAACGUGCCUGUCUCCGAGUAUACUACUCAGGUUGACUAUGUCAUUAUUCUUGGGAAGGACCCAAUCAUCAACGAAGGCGUCAACAUCACCUAUAUCACUAACAUGAUCAUCGCUGGUGUUGUGCCUCCCCUCGUGUUGGUAAUAGCGGUUGUCCUCACCAUCCGCAAGCUCUGUCGUAGUACAGAUAGCUCUCAUUACAUCAGAAGUGACGAAGAAGCUACCGACAAUAUCGAGCCGUAUGCAAUUACCUAUGCUGACUCGACUGAACUGGAAGGACAUGGCAGAAACUCAACCACAAGCGGGCGACUCACCCCUCUUUGUAACAAGACCCCAGAAGACUACUACACUAUUCAGCCAUACGCAGUGGCCUAUGACCAAGAUCCUGGGUCAGAGAUUCAGCCAUAUGGAGUCGCCUAUGAUGACCGACUCGGACCACAACUUCAGCCCCAAGCAGGGGUCAGCAUUGAUGACCUAGAGCAUGACGACAACUAUGUGAUCCAGCCGUAUGCAGUCGGCUACCCUGACUCCCCACAAGCUCCAAGAGACCGUGCAGCGACAGAUUUAACACCCCUUACAAAUGGCACUAACGAGCAACCAACAAACGUCAAACAACCAGUCGUCCAGUCGCUGUCAACUAAUGACGACAUUAGUCCAAACUUGGAAAAUGAUGAACCGGAAAACGGUGAUACGGUAGGAAACGGGAAGGGUCCUUAUGGAAUGUACGAAGAAAACGAGAUUUCAGGAAUGCAGUUCAAGAGUAGCGCACAAGCAAAGAAACACAGCGCAUGUUCAACGUACAGCCCAUCAGAUGGACGGAUUCAGUGUCAGACAAGUGGACAUCGUCAAUCAGUGCUGUAUGAAUACAAAGGAAUUGACACUGGGCUUCCUCAGAACCAGCCGGAGACCACAGAUGUCUGUCACUGA